AUGUAUCAAGAAGUGGAUGACUUAAAACCGGAAAUAUUCGGUGUUACAGAUAGUCUAAAAUAUAAUGAUCUCAAUGGAAAGAUAACCGAUACGGAUCUGUUGGCCACUUCGUUUGUUUUCUUUGUGGCCGGUUAUGAGACAACUGCCACAGCAUUGGCUCAUCUGUUUUAUUCGUUGGCCGUCAAUCAGGAUUGCCAGCAAAGACUGUACGAAGAGAUCAAACAAAUUGAUGGUAAGUAUGACUACGAAACUAUCGCUCAAAUGCCAUAUCUGGAGGCCUGUGUCGCCGAAACAUUACGUCUAUACACUCCGAUUACAGCAGUCGGUCGUAUGGCUGCCGAUGAGUUUGCAUUGAUGAAGAUAAAGACAGCCAUCGCAUACCUGAUCACGAAAUACAAGUUUGUAAAGACAGCCAACACUACUAUUCCGUUGAAACCCAAGAAAUUUAAGUUUCUAGUGAAUACUGGCGACAAAUUUGUCGGUAUUGAACACAGAAAUUAA